UUCUCAUGGGGUGAAGAUCAUAUAUUUGAAGUAGAGAAGAAGAGAACUAUGGCUUCUGGUGGUAGAUCAAGAUCUUCUGUAAGGUUUCAUGAUGAUGUUGAGACAGAGAAGUUAACAGAAAGCAAGGAAAAGAGCCACUUAUCAAUGCAUGGCUAUAACAAGAUAAUGAGCGGAAAAGAGAAUAAUAGGAAGGAUGCAACAAGAGGAAAGUGCCUGGAGAGAAGAAGAGAACUAUCUAGAGUGUUCUCAGAGGAUUAUGAUGCAGAUGAGAUUCUGAUAUUGGAUCCAAGGGGUCCAAGAGUGAAUAGAUGGAACAGGAUUUUCUUAGUAGCAUGCUUGAUUUCAUUGUUUGUGGAUCCUUUGUUCUUUUACUUGCCAGUGGCCAAGAAAGAAAUGUGCAUUGACAUGUCUAUUGGUCUUGAAGUUUCCCUCACCAUAAUCCGGUCCAUGGUUGAUGCAUUUUACAUUAUUCAGAUUUAUGUAAGGUUUCAAACUGCUUAUGUGGCGCCUUCUUCGCGUGUUUCUGGUAGAGGAGAGCUUAUCAUAGACUCCUCCAAGAUUGCAUCACAGUAUAUGCAUAAGGACUUUUGGAUUGAUCUACUGGCUGCACAGCCUCUUCCACAGGUGGUUAUUUGGACCGUAAUUCCAAAUCUAAAGGGGUCACAAAUGUUUGCUUCAAGGCAUGUUCUGAGCAUGGUUACCAUUUUUCAGUACCUCUUGAGGCUAUAUCUGAUUUAUCCACUCUCACAUGAAAUCAUCAAGACUAAAGGGGUAAUGAUGGAGAAAGCUUGGGCUGGUGCAGCAUAUAAUCUUAUGCUCUAUAUGCUAGCAAGUCAUGUUUUAGGAUCAUGCUGGUAUCUGCUGUCAAUUGAAAGGCAAGAUGAGUGUUGGAAGAAAGUUUGUAAUCUUGAGUACCGAAAUUGCAAGUACCAUUAUCUUGAAUGUGAAAGCAUAGGGGACCUAAGUAGGACUUCAUGGCUCAAAUCAAGCAAUAUCUCAAGCCUUUGUGAUCAGGACAGUGAUUUCUUUCAGUUUGGUAUUUUUGCUGAUGCUCUUUCUUUGGAAGUUACAGCCUCAGAAUUCUUCAGCAAAUACUAUUAUUGUCUUUGGUGGGGACUGAGAAAUCUUAGCUCUUUAGGACAGAAUCUCUUGACAAGCACGCAAGUCACAGAGAUAAAUUUUGCUGUGAUUGUUGCAAUUCUUGGAUUGGUGCUGUUUGCAUUGCUCAUAGGCAAUAUGCAAACAUAUUUGCAAUCAACAACAAUGAGACUAGAAGAAUGGAGAAUAAGGAGAACAGAUACAGAAAGAUGGAUGCACCAUAGGCAACUCCCUCGGCAUCUGAAGCAAAAUGUGAGAAGGUAUGACCAAUUGAGAUGGGUUGCCACUCGUGGUGUUGAUGAAGAAGCCAUUCUUAGAGACCUUAUAGUUUUCAAUAAGCUUCUUCUCAUGCAGUGUUUUAUUGUAUGUGAUCAGGUACCAUUAUUUGAUCAGAUGGAUGAGAGAAUCCUAGAUGCAAUAUGUGAGAGGCUAAAACCGUCACUAUGUUCCCAAGGGACAUGCCUUGUCCGUGAAGGUGACCUUGUUCAUGAGAUGUUCUUCAUAGUAAGAGGCCAUUUAGAUUCUUGCACCACCAAUGGUGGCCGAACCGGAUUCUUCAACUCGUGUCGAAUUGGGCCCGGUGACUUCUGCGGUGAGGAGCUUCUCACAUGGGCCUUGGACCCACGUCCAACUGUGGCCCUUCCUUCAUCAACAAGAACAGUGAGGGCCAUAACUGAAGUUGAGGCCUUUGCACUAAUUUCUGAAGACUUGAAAUUUGUGGCGGCCCAAUUCAGAAGGUUACAUAGCAAGCAACUUAGGCAAACUUUCAGGUUCCAUUCUCAUCAAUGGAGAACAUGGGCUGCAUGUUUUAUACAAGCAGCUUGGUUUAGGUAUAAGAGAAUCAAGGAGACAAGUGAGCUCCAGAGAAAGGAGAGUCCAAUGAUGAUCAUGAUGGCCUGUGGGCCUCGAAAUGGGCCUGAGCACUUCUCUGCACCCUUGCAGCCCAUGACUGGAUCAAGUUUAAGUAUGUAUUCAUCAAAAUUGGCAGCAAGCCCAAGGAGAGGUAUGAGCCUAAGACAUGGGCCUGAGUUUGAUAUGUUUUUUGGGUCAUUGAAGAAGCCACUUGAACCAGACUUUACAGAUGAAGAUGAUGAUAAUGAUGAUGAUAAGUAAAGUACAAACAAGUUUAAUGAUCUUAAUUAAUUCCUUAAUUAGAGAGUGGAAAAUUAUUUGUUGGAUUAAUCAAAUAUAAAUAGAAAAUGAGGUAUACAUACAGUGAAGUUUGUAACAAUUAAGGGCUCAUCUUUUAGAUUAGGGCCUUUAAGAUAUAAAUAAACUAGUGUUGAGGAAAAUUUUUGGUUGUACAUAAUUAUGAUUUCU